AUGCGAGACCCAAGCUCGCCGAAAAGCAUGAACACGCUAAAAUCUCCAUCCCCAAUCUUCAGAACGAACCCUAAACUCCUCCACCAUUUUUCAUUCAGCCCCAACCUUCCAGCUCUCCUCACAACAAGAACCUCCAGAUCCUACAGAGUUUCAAUCAAUCCUCCACCACCUGACUUCGACUUCAAAUCCGAAAUUCUCAGUGACUCUCGGGCCUCAAUCACUCAAACCCAUCCUGAACUGCUCGAUUUGGCUGAUAAUGGAAGCUUAGUUCUUGUGAAGAAGAGCCGAUUUGGCCCUGUACCCAUUUGGCGGACCGAGUUCGUGGAGCCUGAGGAGAUUUGGUUGAUUGGGACGACUCAUAUUUCUCUUGAUUCGGCCAUUGAUGUCGAAAGGGUUGUGCGUGCCGUGAGGCCGGACAAUGUUGUUGUGGAGCUUUGUAGAAGCAGAGCUGGGAUCAUGUACACUACUAAUGACAGUGAGAUCAGCCAACGCUUAAGGACAAAUAUGUUUUCUUUGACUGGGACUGGUUUUUUUGGUGCCAUUGGGCGGAGCAUAAAUUUAGGGGGUCAAACCGCUCUAGCAUUGCGUCUACUGUUGGCACUUUUCUCUUCAAAAAUAUCCUCAGAUGUCAACCUUCCUUUUGGGGAUGAGUUUCGUGCUGCUCGAAAGGCUUCUGAAGAAGUUGGUGCUCAAAUAGUUUUGGGAGAUCGGCCAAUAGAAAUCACUCUUGAAAGGGCUUGGAAUUGUCUUACAUGGAAAGAGAAACUGACUAUAGUGAUCUCUGUUGUUCGUGGAAUAACAUCAUCAUCUGAUCUGUCCAAGAAGAAUUUGAAGGAAUCAAAAAGCGACGUCAACAACUUCCAGCUAUAUGAGCAGCUAAGCUUUUCAUGUCCAUCAUUGCUGCAGCCCCUUGUACAUGAGCGCGACACAUAUCUUGCAUGGUCACUGAAGCGGAGCAAAGCUGUCAAUAACUGUACGAAAGUGGUGGGAGUCAUUGGCAAGGGCCAUAUGAAUGGAGUGAUAUACGCACUUGUAUCAGAUCUGGGGAACUUGCGGUUUCAGGAUCUUGUCGGAAAAUGGCGUGCCGGGAAUGGCUCCAAUGGCUGGAUAGGUCUCCUUGUCAGGAAUUUGGCAAGGGACACUGUAAUUGGAAUCCUACUGUGGCUGAUAUUUGAACAGAUGAAGACUGGAUUUUAGGAUAUACACACUACAUCUUAGCCAUAGUCAUGAGAUUGAAUUGAAAUCAAAUACAUUCAAGACUUGGGUGCAGAGUAAACAAGAAUAUGCUCUCCUUUCUCUGGAAGGUAUUGUGGGAUCCGGAUCCCUUCCAAUACAUUUUUCGGGAUUUUACUUGACAUCACUUAUAAUGUACUAGUUGGCGCACACGUGCACCAUUUUAAAUUAUAGGACUCGUAGGCUGAUUUGGUGAGGCUGAAUUUCUAUUAAAACAUUCACAU